AUGAUCGCUAUCGGCGGAGUGAUCGGCACAGGUCUCUUCCUCGGUACCGCUGGUGACCUUCAGAACGGCGGCCCUGCAGGACUCCUCAUCUCCUACGCCGUCAUGUCAAGUCUCUUGUUUGCCGUCAUGACCUCUUUGGGUGAGAUGGUCUCGCACCUCCCCAUUCCGGGUGGACAGUUUGCUCUCGCGGGACGAUUUGUCUCAAAAGAAUUGGGCUUUGCCAUGGGAUGGCUGUGGUGGUUCAACUACAUCGUCGUUCUCCCUGCCGAAGUCUCUGCAUGUGCCGUGCUUAUCUCUUACUGGACUCCGAAGGGCACUGGUGAUGGCACUUGUACCGCGGGCAUCUGCAACAAUGCCAUGUGGGUCGGCAUCGUUUUGAUUGUGGUCUGGGCUAUCAAUUUUGCUGGUACCAAGUACUAUGGCGAGUGUGAAUUUUGGUUCGCUUCACUCAAAAUCAUCACCAUCAUCGGUCUCAUCAUUAGCGGUAUCAUCAUCACCAGCGGCGGUGGACCCAACCACGAGACUAUCGGCUUCAGAUUCUGGAAUGAGACUGGCGGUUUCAUGCAGUACGAGGGUAUUGCUGGUGCUAAAGGACGUUUCCUCGGAUUCUUCGCGACUCUGAUCUCGGCUGCUUUCGCCUUCAUCGGGUCGGAGAUCACUGCUAUUGCUGCUGCCGAGACCGCGGACCCUCGAAGGGCAGUUCCCCGUGCUAUCAAGUCAGUUUGGAUUCGACUCGUGCUGUUCUAUCUCACUAGUGCUUUCCUCAUCGGCCUCCUCGUCUCUCCAUCCGAUCCUUCUCUCGACCUCAGCAGCACCGCCGCCAAAUCGCCCUUUGUCAUCGCCAUGAAGAACGCUGGUAUCAGCGUCCUCCCUUCCAUCGUCAACGCCGCCCUCCUCACAUCCGCAUGGUCCGCCGCCGUUGCAGACCUCUACAUUUCCUCUCGUUCUCUGUAUGCUAUCACUCUCCGGGGCGACUCUCCCAGGUGGUUCAAGUCUACGCUUCUCAAGACAAGGAAAGCGGAUGGGCUCCCGUGGGUCUGCGUCUGUGUCUGUGCGGUGUUCAGUCUCUUGUCGUUCAUGGCUGCCGACUCUGGUCAUUCGGCGGGAACUGUCUUUGGAUACUUCGGAAACAUGACAGCCUACUGUGGUAUCAUCUCCUGGUCAUGCGUGCUCUUCACCGGCAUUCGAUGGAGGAAAGGCCUCCAGUUGCACUCCAUUGAGCGGGCUUCUCUCCCUUACAAAGCACCUCUCCAGCCUUAUCUCAGCUACUACGGCUUGACAAUCUGCAUCAUUGUGCUCAUAUUUGGAGGAUUUGCCAACUUCAUCGAAGGUUUCAACACUUCUGGAUUCAUCACCACCUACUUCCCUGUACCUUUCUUCCUCGUACUCCUCGUUGGCUACAAGAUCAUCAACAAAACAAAGCUGGUCAAGUACGAAGAUAUGGACUUUUACACCGGCUCGUCCGCAGAUAUCCCCACUGAUGAGACGGCUCCCUCUAAUCUCUGGGAGAAGUUGAAGGAGAACAUCUGA